UGGCGCAAAACAGAGAAAUGCUGGGGACGCAGCACAAUUAUGGCCGAGUACGGAUUGUAUGGAGCGAUGGUGCGCCAUUCGUUGCCUCUGCCGGAGACCAUUAUAAAAUCGGCAAAAGAGAACGACUCAGUGGCACCAUGGCUACUAGGUAUGGAGACGGAAAGCAUGCAUCGCAAAUCAAUAGAGGCCCAACAGGCAUUGAAAGAUGAUUCUGGCGUUAGCGAUCACGAAGACUCGGCCGGCUCGAAGUCCAACGAUGAUACGCGUCGCUUAAGUUCUUCCACUGAAUCAUUGAAUGUUGUCAGUCCCGGACCGACGCACGAACGCCAACAGACAUCCUCCAGUGCGACUACACCCACAGCUACAACCGCUUCAUCAUCGUCACCGCACAUCGACUUAAGUAGUCCCUCCCCCCCAACAAGCCACGCUACAACGGCAGCGCUGGCACUACAAUUGUCACCUUUACAACAACAUCAGCGUCAUUUGUAUCAUCAGCAAGCAGCAGCAGCGGCUGCGGCACUAGCACCACCAACUGCUCAACCCUCGUACCAUCCACUAUUGGAUGCGGCCAAUGCUAGCGCUGGUGCGGCUACAAGUAAGGAUUUUCACAUGAUUAUGAAUACGGCAGUGGCAGCGGCAGCGGCUGCAGCUGCGGCCAGUGGUGCUGUCACUGGCAGUGGAAGUGCUGGUGGCGGUGGCGGUGGUGGAAGCAGCGCUGUUGGCAAUACGAGCGGACUGCAUCAUCAUGCGCAUGUGGCUGGUGCUGUGGGACCGUAUGCGACGCUCGAGCAUGAUCCGGACACUUUCAGAAACAACUCGAUCGCCUGCCUGCGCGCCAAAGCUCAGGAGCACCAAGCUCGUCUACUCAAUAGUGGCCUAUUUCUACAGGUGCGCUCAUUCGCUGGAUAUCAAGCGGCGGCAAGCAACAAUGCGGCUACUCUCAGAACCAAUAACAGCAUUUCCAAUAGCAACAACAAUAGCAAUGAGACCAUAAAGAUAGUUGACGAUUUAGAUGAGCAAUGCUCGCCAAUUGAUUUUGGCAGUAUUUGUAAUGCAAAUAAUAGUAACAGCAGUGGCAACAACAACAACACGAAUAUGAAUUUUUGUUUGCCCAUCGCAACUGCUCUGCAACAUCAACAACAACAGCAGCAGCAACACCAAUUGAAAUUGGAGCGCAUGUCUUGUGAUCUAUAGCAACGAAUUGCAACGCUGCAAUCUAAUCAGUAACAAAUGAAGCUGUUGGCGCAGUCUGCAACAAUACGAAGUGAAUUUGUUUUAUAAAAAAAUAACGAAUUUAUUAAUUAAAAUCAUUUUCAAUACACAUAUUAUUAAUAAUUAAGAAACAAAAAUAGUAGUUAAGCAUGCACAUACAUACAUCUGCAGUACAUGUAGGAAUGUGUAAUAAUAGUCGCACUGAAAUGAAAAAGGUGGUGAGAUUCUGAAAGUAGUUGAACUGAUGAAAUUUUAAGGAUUAGGAAAUAUAACUUUUAAAGCAAAAACAAACAAAAAAAAAUUAUGUAAAAAAUUAAUAUACUCAACACGCGCAAUUUUCUUUUUGAAAGCACAGCACAGUAUUCUGCCAAAAAAUAAUUUAAGUUUUUUUCUUAAGAUAUGUAUGGUCAAAUUGACAAAAAAAAGAAAUAUGGUAUAUUUGCAUUAAUAUGA